UCAGAUCCCCUAGUGUGUGCUUCAACAGCGGCAGGCGAAGUCUGUUGCGCUUCAUCCCUGUAAUAGUACAUCCCACUUUGUUGGCACAGGAAACUUCCAGGAAAGCUAGGAAUACGAAGAAAUAAUAGGAAUAAGAAGUGGGCUCCAUUAAGUUUCUUCUGAGGCUGUCCCUUUAGUUGAUAGAUUGUUGUAGUAACGAGUAAUUGUAAGUGGAUCUUUAAUGAGCCGCUUCACAGGCUGAGUUCAGUUGAUUUCGGCUACCGAAGUUUAUUCGAUGUCCGAAACCGAAGCUCGGAGACAUCCGAUGUUCCAUGGAGACCACCACUACUUCACAGGAUACCAAAAAGCGCUCAAUGUCCAAGGAGCGGUCGACCGAACCAGGUUCAUCUCAUCUUGAGGAAAAGCGGAUAUCAAGAACCAAGGAUAGCAUUUCCCGUUCAGCGGCUUCGCAUGAACAGUUACAAUCAAAGACGUCAUUGAAGGACAAGACAGCAGAGCCAGCUGACAUGCCACGUGGCGAAAAGCCGAAGUUGAAGACAAAAGACAGGGCAUCGGAAUUGGCGGCUUCGCUUGCCUAUAAGAAACCAAAUGUCGACAAAAAACCAGUAGAGUCAGCCGAAUCGCCUCAUAAGGGGCCAAAAUCAAAGGACAAGUCGGAACAGCGUUCGCCAUCGAAGUUAAAGGGAGCUGCGUCGAGGGCUACUGCUAUUGAAAAUGAGUCCUCAGAGGAUACACGACUCCGCCCGGGAGCAUACAUUGCGCUAGGAGCGGCCGUAGUCGUCGUCGUCGUAGUCUUGGCAUCAGUUGGAACGUACCUGAUCAUCAAGAACAACGUUCGAGGGUCAGCACUCGGCAUGGCUGGACCUGGAACCACCCCAAAGUGGGAUACGGGAAUUGAGUCCUGCCACUCGAACGAUUGCAGGCUGGUGAAAAUGCUCCUGGACACUUAUUUGGACAAGGCAAAAGAUCCCUGCCAGGACUUUUAUGCUUUUGUGUGCGGCGAAGCGGACAGAAGGUAUGCUGCUACGUACGACUUUGUUCAAGGAGGGACUCUAAAGAUACUGGAAAACGAUAUCGCCACUGAUAUCGUGAGAGCCAUGAAGACACACGUACCUGAACGAGGCGAAAAUGUGUUUCAGAAAAGUGCGGCCUUUUAUCAGCACUGCCUCGAUGUGAAGAACGCGAAGAACAACAACGUCGAUGGUAUAACUCGCUUUCUAGAGCAAAACGGCAUAGAUUUCACAAGUAGCAUGCUAUUUGACCCUUUGGAAAUCACCAUGAAGUUUGCGCUACAGUUCGACAUUGCCCUUUGGUUCAACUUCUCUGCCGUCCGCAAUGGCACCGGAUAUGAUGUCGUCGUCGAGAAGAGGUCCGAGAUUGAGGAACAGCAAGUGAUAUGGAACAGCAGAAAAACGGAGGAAGAUCAAGUGGAGUAUAUUGGACGCCAUGUACUCCAAAACAUAUUUCGUCGACCCUUCGAACGAACCUACGUGCUUGAGACCAUAAAAUACGUAGAAUUUGUAUAUGGCAUUGAGAAUUCCGGCGCCCUCGGGACUCAGAAACGAAUUCUGCUUUCGACACUUCCAGGAGCUGACUCCCAACUCAGUGACCACUGGUCACGCAUACUUUCUCGCUACAGCGAUUCGCGUCUUAUCGACGUUAAGACAUACGUCAACAUUCACGACCGGGACCUGAUGACUUUUCGAGAGGCUUUCGCUGUGGAGGCCAACAAGGAAGCUGUAAUGAGGUACAUCGCUUGGAGGACGGCAGACACACUGUUCACAGUUGCGGAAAAGGCGACAAACGGGACAGUCAAAGACAUCGAAAAGUACUGUCUUGGUUUGGUGCACGCGAUGCUGCCUCAAACCGUGGGCCCUUCAGUGCUCUUCAACGGGAUCACCCAAGAGAGGGUAGCCGAAGUGGGAGCUAUGCUGGACGGGAUCAUCGCUGCCAUCGACGAGUCUUUCACACAAUCGAAGUUGUUGGACGACAGCUCACGGAAUGUCGCUAAGCAGAAGCUCUCGCAGCUCAAGAGAAAGAUCGGCUUUCACGAAAACCUGGGCACGCCGCUACAAGUGGAAAUUUUCUACGGUUAUCUCCCGCACUUAAACGGUUCUUUCGUGGAUGAUUUCAUCAAGGUAGAAACGUUCAAGACCAAGAAUUAUUGGAACCAUACUUUCCAAAACAAUGUGGACUUCGUCAAUGAAAUAUAUAACAUACGGACUCCAAUAUUCGUGGCCAAUGCGGAAUAUACUGUGGAACAGAACUUACUGACUGUUCCACCUGCCAUCAUGUACAGCCCCGUCUUUACACUUCGUGGCCCCCCUGACGUGAAUUACGGCGCUCUGGGACGUCUUCUGACGCAUUAUAUAAUGCGAGGUUACGACCAGCAGGGGCUUCAAUUUGACGGCACAGGCGCGUCGUCAUCCUGGUUCUCAACCCAAAGUAGCCAGAAAUAUCGGGACGUCGUGACCUGCGUAGAAGUUCUUGCGCAGUCUGCUCCAGGUGCUAGACCUCUGGCAGGCGACAUGGACGAACUCCUGGCGGACGUCUUGGGGAGCACUUCUCUGCUCAGGGCGUACGAGGCAGCCUCCCGCGAUAAAUUUUGGGCCAGUCCGAACGAUAAGCUCUUCUACGUGUCCUGGUGCCUCCUGUGGUGCGGAAGACCGAGUAACUCUUCCCAUCCGUUAAGGUGCAACCUGCCUUUCAUGAACUCUGGCCAUUUUCAAAGGACGUUCAUGUGUCUCCCGAAAUCUCCGAUGAAUCCGCCAAAAAAGUGCACGUUCUGGUAGCGGCAUCUGGCAACGCUGACACGACCAAUGCGAUAGUGUCUGGCCUCGUCCUGCCGCUCCAUAUGCAUAGAUAUGAUCUCAAGCAAAUACAGAAACGUGCUAAGUAUAGGCACUAAGAAACUUGUCUGUAUGUUCCUCUUUAGCUAAUCGACCGUUAACCGUUUUAUUCGGCUGCCGACACUCAACCGCCAACCAUAAGCCGUCUAGAAAUUUCGCCUGGGUCGUCUCCUAUUGCUGCCGCUAUGUAGCAGCACAUCUUGUGUUAUCUCGUUUUAUCUAGUCUCCUUUUAUGUAAGCUGUACAGACCAUCGUACCGAGUCUCCUAAUGACACUUGAUAAUGAUAAUGGAAUUGAUUGAAUUGCACAUGUGCCACCUAUGAGGUCCCUCCAAACUAUGUAUAAAGCAUAUUUUGAUCUGACAUAUCUCCACCUGCAUCUAAGAGCAAAUAUUUAGUAAAAUACUGGA